AUGUCGUCGGAGAAAGCAGAAGGAGCCGGCGCGCAGUGCCUGACUUAUCACUCAAGGAAACAUUACGAGGUUCCUCGUAACUACGUAUCGGAGCUAGAGACGGAGAUUGAAAAGUUAACCCGGGAGAACCGAGAAUUGCGAGCAAGAGCCCAGUCCGCUUCGGCCAAUGGGGAUAUCACCACUCCUCGUGAACACUCAUCUCCAGGCAGUGUUGGUCCUAGCAACCAUCCAACAGGAAGCCCGGCCAAGUCUGAUGCAAGUUCGAACCACGUGCAAGACUUGGUGAAGAGUGUCAGGGACAUUGUGGUUGAGCCGUCAAGACAGCCACGAUUCUUGGGACAAAGUGGCGGCAUCACCCUCGCCAGAUUGGUCAUAUCAGCAAUCCGCGUCGACGCCUUGCCUUCUCCCCUUCUGAGUGAGCCACGCUCGUAUGACCCUUCUUCGUCUUCAAUGGCAGCGGAGGCUUCUCUUCCACCGCGUCAUGCCGCAGAUCAUCUGGUGGAUGUCUACUUCCAGUACCAUACACCUCAUCUACCUGUCGUGGAGCGUUCGAAGGUGGAGGAGGCUAUAGAGAGCGCAUACCAGGCCAUGAGUGGCCAGCAGCUCCCAGACCGCGCCGUAGAAAGGGACAUUUUCAUAUCUUUUAUGGUUCUCGCCAUCGCCCUCUGCGAUGUUUCAAACCCAUCUGGAGGUCGACCGAGUCAGAGUGAGGGAUGCUUCAGGUCAGCCAUGAGUUGGUACGAAAAGGUCGUCGUGAACUCGAAAAGUGAUGCCGAGACCCUCCGCACUAUCCUCCUUUUGGCUCAAUUUAUUGCAUUGUGUCCUUCUCAGGGGAGUCUAUGGCAUUUGACUGGUAUCGCUUUACGCCUAUGCAUUGACAUAGGCUUGCAUUGGGAAAGCGAAGAUCAGACCGCGAAUCUUGAUCCAGCCAUAUUAUACGACCGCCGGCGUUUAUGGUACUCCACAUACCAAUUUGACCGUAUUUUGUGCAUCACGCUCGGUCGCCCUUUUGGUAUUAUCGACGAAAGUAUACGUGUGCCACUUCCAAAUCCAUGGGCUGUCUAUCGAGGGGCAUCUGGCACCGAAGCCAUCGAACUGGACAUCCAUAGCCAAAGAGCUCACAACCACCUGUUUACUUUAUCGAAACUUGAGUCUGAGAUAAGACAUGUGCACCAUAGCCAAACUUGGGCUCCGAAGAUAGCUUAUCCCAGAGCAAACUACGCGGCCUGGGUUCAGGACAUCAAGCCUCGUCUUGAAGAAUGGUACGCUACAAUUCCGCAGACCAACAGGGCUCACCAAUCAUCCAUAUUCGCGUAUCAAGCGUAUUGGGAUUAUAUCUACAACAAUACAAUUCUCCUGCUGUAUCGGCCCAACUCAACAGGAUUGCAAACGUCCCCAGAAGCAACAGUGCUCUCUUUCCACGCCUCUUGUCGACUAAUUGAAAGUAUCAAAACAUUACAGCGAGAAGGGAAGAUUGAUAUACUCUGGAAGUCCAGCCAUGACCUGUUUAUGGCUGGCUUGGGAGUUAUAUAUAGUCUUUGGCAGUCGAGAGCAGUGCGAGAGCGGAAUUCUAUCGGGAGUAGCAUCUCUAUAUUACAAUCCUGCGCCUCAACACUCUCUGCACUAGCUGAGAGCUUUCCAGGAGUUGCAGGUUGUCGUGACACCUUCGAUACCCUUUCGUCAGCAACAGUUAACUGGCUAGUCGACGAGAACGCUGUGGAACAACAACAUGGCCGUCAGCAGUUCGAGAAACAAGCAGAGAAUCUUUUGCAGCAGCUGCAGCCAUCUCGUAGAGCAAAUGAGAAUACCGGCAUAGAAAUUCCAGGCAUUUUUUCUGCUGAUAGCUUUUUAUUUAGCGAGAUGCUCAGCAGUGCUGCUCAAUGGCCUGACCCCGAGGACAGAGGGCUUAGUGACAUGAGCUCUGACCCCAUGGCAAGAGGGGAGUCUCAUAUGUUCUUCUAA